CAAAACCCUAUUUGCCAAACGAUUAAACCUCAUAUCCGCUCCACAUCGUCUUCCUCUGUUUACUCUGAAGCAGCAGAAGCAGCGGGCACCUUGGGGUUCCUCCCGGUCCGUAGAGAUCUAAAGCUUUCUUCUCUGCUUGAAUUGUCAAGAUGUUCUCCUCAAAAAACAAGAUCCACAAAGACAAGGAUGCUGAACCCACAGAAUUUGAGGAGACAGUAGCACAGGCUUUAUUUGAUCUUGAGAACACCAAUCAGGAGCUGAAAAGUGAUUUGAAAGAUCUUUACAUCAACUCAGCUGUUCAGAUGGAUAUUUCUGGAAGUCGCAAGGCUGUUGUCAUCUAUGUUCCAUAUAGAUUGAGGAAGGCUUACCGUAAGAUUCAUCUUCGCCUUGUGAGAGAGCUUGAGAAGAAAUUCAGUGGAAAGGAUGUUGUUCUGCUUGCCACCCGCACGAUCUUGCGGCCCCCAAAGAAAGGCUCUGCCGUUCAACGACCACGCUCCCGCACGUUGACUGCUGUCCAUGAUGCCAUGCUUGAUGUUGUUUAUCCUGCUGAGAUUGUUGGUAAACGCAUCACAUACCGCAUUGAUGGUUCCAAGAUUAUCAAGGUAUACAAUGGAUUGUUUCUUCCGCUUGACAAUUACCAGCCUAAAAUGAAGUUC